AUGGUCCCGAUUGGAGUGAACGUGACCCUGGAGUCUCCGCCACAGGACUGCCCCAACUGCACCCAGGCCUCCCCCCCGGGGCUCAAUGUCCCCAAGGCGGUGGUGCUGGCGCUUGUCCUUGGGGUGUUCUUGGUUUUCGGGGUGCUGGGGAACCUCCUGGUCAUCCUGUCGGUGGCCUGCCACCGGCACCUGCGGACGGUCACCCACUACUUCAUCGCCAACCUGGCGGUGGCGGACCUGCUGCUGAGCCUGGCGGUGCUGCCGUUCUCCGCCACCUUCGAGAUUCUGGGCCGCUGGGUGUUCGGCCGGCCGCUGUGCAGCGCCUGGGCUGCGCUGGACGUGCUCUGCUGCACCGCCUCCAUCAUGAGCCUGUGCGUCAUCUCCGUGGACCGCUGCAUCGGCGUCAGCUACCCGCUGCGCUACCCCGCCAUCGUCACCAAGCAGCGCGGGCAGGUGGCGCUGGGGGCGCUGUGGGCCGCCUCCCUCACCAUCUCCGCCGGCCCGCUCUUCGGCUGGAAGGAGCCGGCGCCGGAGGAUGACACUGUGUGCCGGAUCACCGAGGAGCCCGGCUACGCCCUCUUCUCAGCGCUGGGCUCUUUCUACGUGCCGCUGGCCGUCAUCCUGGCCAUGUACUGCCGGGUGUACGUGGUGGCCCGGCGGGAGUCGCGGGGUCUGCGGGAGGGCCACAAGACGGACCGGUCCGACCCGGAGGGCGUGACACUGCGGAUCCACCGCGGCCACUCCGCCGGCGCCGGCGAGGACGGGGACGAGGAGGCCCUCCGGAGGCGGGCACACUUCUCCCUUCGCCUGCUCAAGCUGUCCCGCGAGAAGAAGGCCGCCAAGACCCUGGGCAUCGUGGUCGGCUGCUUCGUCCUCUGCUGGCUGCCCUUCUUCCUGGUGCUGCCCAUUGGGUCCAUAUUCCCUUCCUACAGACCCUCAGACACAGUGUUUAAGAUAACCUUCUGGCUGGGCUACUUCAACAGCUGCAUCAACCCCAUCAUCUACCCCUGCUCCAGCCAGGAGUUUAAGAAGGCCUUCCAGAACGUUCUGCGGGCCUGCUGCCUACGCCGCAAGGCCAGGGCCUCCCCUGUGGGCCACCCCUCCUCCAUCGGCGGUAAGGUCUGCCGGCCCCGCCUACACUCUGAUGACCGUGCCCCCUCCCGGACACCCUCCUCCCACAGGCGCUGGAGGGUCUUCCUGGGGCCCUCCUCAGAUGGAGUGGGAGGGGCAAGGGGCGGGGCGGAGGUUGCCCGAGUCUGCAGCAAGAACCUGCUGAGAGCGUGCUGCUGGGCAGAUGAUCAGGCUCCCGCCCCGGGUGACCCCCGCCUGCAGUCGCCCGACCCCAGCACUGCGCCCGUUGUCAAGGUGCACCAGGUGUCUGUAUGCGAGGGCGGGGAGUCUGUGUGA